AUGGCUUCCAGAACAGAUCUGCACAGCUCGGACGAUGAAACUCUUCGUCAAAAGUCAGAGCCCAAACCACGCCCUCGAUCGCUUGUGAACCUCAUCUUCGACCGCACGCGCGUCGAUCAAGCGGUUGAAAACUACGAUUAUCCAGGAAGCGGCACUUUUGAGGAUCCUUACGUUGUGAGCUGGAUUCCAGACGAUACAGGCAAUCCGCUCAAUUGGGCCAAGUGGUUGAAAUGGACCAUCACCAUGGUUUCAGCCGCGACCUCGUUUGCCGUCGCCUUUAGCUCCAGCGCCUACACAGGCACAAUCAUGGAGCUCAUGAUUCACUUCAAAGCAAGCCAAACACUCAUUACAGCCGGCGUUUCUCUCUACGUCCUUGGUUUCGCCGUCGGGCCACUUUUCUGGGCACCACUCUGCGAAAUCUACGGCCGGCAAAUUAUCUUUGUCAUCAGCUUUGGUAUCUAUGUCGUCUUCAGUGCAGCGUGCACAGCAGAUAACGGGAUUGCGACAUUACUUGUUCUUCGAUUCUUCUGUGGAACAUUCGGUUCAUCACCCCUGACUAAUGCUGGAGGUGUCAUCUCCGAUGUCUUCAGACCUGACGAGCGUGCCAUUGCCAUGGCUUUCUUCUCCCUUGCACCCGCUUUAGGGCCAACGUUGGGACCCUUUAUUGGUGGAUACCUUGGUGAGGAUCAAGGAUGGCGUUGGGUCAUGGGAUUGAUGGCAAUCAUUGCGGGAGCCAUUUGGAUCCUCGAUUUAUGCUGCGCACCCGAAACCUACGCGCCCUACAUCCUAAAAAACCGAGCAGACUUCCUAUCGAAAAAGACCGGCAAAGUCUACCUGUCCAUCUACGAGCACCAGGGCAAAGCAGACCCUCCAUCUGUCGUCCUCAAGAAAGCACUCAUCCGCCCUUGGCUUCUCCUUUUCGUCGAACCGAUUGUCCUCCUUCUCUCUACUUACAUCGCCAUUCUCUUUGGCACACUAUACAUGCUCUUUGGCGCGUACCCCGUGGUAUUCCAAAUAGAGCGUGGCUGGUCAGCUGGUAAAGGUGGUUUGGCCUUCCUAGGAGUUGCGGUGGGUAUGCUUGGAGCUAUUCCAGUCAUUGGACUUAUCAACAUGUGGUAUAUGAAGGUCACAGAAAAGGCCAACGGCGAGCCGGUGCCUCCCGAGAAUCGUCUUCCUGGGUGUAUGCUUGGUGGAAUCUGUGUACCAAUUGGGAUGUUCUGGUUCGCAUGGACAACAUAUCCUGACGUGCAUUGGAUGGCUCCAGUAGCAGCUGGCGUCCCCUUCGGUCUGGGCAUGUCGCUCGUUUUCCACAGCAUCUUCAACUACCUCAUCGACUCAUACACCAUCUACGCGGCCUCGGUCCUGGCGUCGAAUGCAGUGCUGAGAUCACUUUUCGGUGCCGCCUUUCCGCUAUUCACCAAGCAGAUGUACGACAGGCUGGGCACACAGUGGGCCAGCUCAGUUCCUGCUUUUCUUUCACUGGCAUGUCUCCCUAUGCCUUUUAUCUUCUUCAAAUAUGGUCCUGCUAUUCGGCAGCGUUGCAAAUACUCGGCAAAGGCUGCACAAGCAACAGCUAUGGCCGCGAAGGCUGCUAAGGCCUAG